AUGGACGCCUCCUCCCUCCGCAUCUCCAAGUUCGAUGGAACUAACUUCCACGCCUGGAAGUUCAAGAUGCAGAUGGUGCUGGAGGAACGGGACCUAUGGGAGGUCGUCAGCGGUGAGAUCAAGGCGGAACAGUGCGAGACUCAGUUGGACCAAGCGACGUACAAGAGGAAGUCAAGAAAGGCGAUGGCAGUGAUCUGUCUAGCCAUGGAAGAUUCCCAGCUACCGUUGGUCCGGUCGGCAAGUGGUGCAUGCGACGCAUGGUCAAGGUUGGAAAACCACUUCGAGAAGAAGAGUCUUGCCAACAAGCUGUUCUUGCGCCGUCGCUUCUUCACGACAAUGAUGGAAGAAGGCGACGAUGUGCUCGAACACAUCAACAAGCUCAAGACGCUGGCGGAACAGCUAGAAGCGGUGGGGGCUCCAGUCUGCGAGGACGAUCUGGUGAUCACACUCCUCGGCAGCCUGAGUGACUCGUAUCAAUUCUUGAUCACAGCUUUGGAGUCGCGCUCAGACACUCUUAGAUGGGAGCUCGUGACGUCUCGACUGCUUCAUGAAGAAAUGAAGCGGAAGGAGCAAGGAAGUAAAGGUGAUGAAGCUUCGCAAGGUCAAGCGUUCAUCACAAGGGACAAUCAGCGCAAAGGGCGACCAGUGAAGAAGUCCUGGCCGUGCCACAAUUGCGGAAAGAUUGGUCACUGGAUGGCGGAGUGCCCCUCGCGCAUCCAAGAAAACACGGAGAGACACCGGCCACAGCGUGCUCAAGACAGCGGCGACCGCUAUCGAUCACAACGUGCAAACGUCGCUCAAGAAGAAGACUCGGGCGACUACCUCUUUUCGAUCGGUGAAACGACAUCUGCGAAAUCGAGCGACAUCUGGCUGGUCGACUCCGGGGCGACGCAGCACAUGACGUGCUCCAAGAAGUUCAUGCGGAACUACAAGGGGUUUGACGCUGUGGAUGUCCAUCUCGCGGAUGAUGGAAUCGUCCAAGCAAUCGGCAGUGGGGACAUUGUCAUGUCGAUGAAGACACCCCAAGGGAUGAAGAAAGGUGUGCUCACAAACGUGUGGCACAUCCCAAAGUUAUCCAGAAACCUGUUCUCGGUCGGCCGCUUCACCAAGGAUGUCGGCCCAGUGACGUUCACGAAGGAUGGGUGCUAUGGAGAAGCGAAAGGGACCAAGUGGAAAAUUGGUGCCCGUGAAGGUAAAGGACUGUUCAAGCUGCAAAUGACUCCAGUGGCGCCGGAACAAGCAAAUGCAGCCAAGUCGUCGGGAUGUCAAGGGGCACCAAGUCGUACCUCUGGCACCUUCGGCUUGGCCACAUAG